GAAUGUUACUACAUUAAUCCGUCGUAUUAAAAAUGGAUACCUUGUGGAUAAGGGAACUUUCAUUCUUAUACAUUUUGUGUUUUUACAUAUCACUGAUAAAUACAUCAGUAUCUAUAAUUGCAGAAUAUGUUACGACGAUAUGUUAUUCAGAUGAAUAUACAACAAACAUCUCAUGUCGGAAUAAAUCUCAAAUACAAAUAAAGAACAUUGAUGUUCAGGAAGAGGAAUCAAUAUGUCGCAAAAACACAUGUUAUUUAAAUUCCAUUGAUAAACAUUCUAUACAAGAUAACUGUAAUGGUGAACAUUCCUGUUUAAUUGAUUUUAACUUUACAUCAACCUGUUUACGGGAGGAGUUUAGAUACAUGAACUUGUCAUACACAUGUAGACACGAAAAUGGGACCGGUAUAAGUACUUUUGAGGAGGAUUUUGGUGAAUGGAGAAAUAAAUCAUCAAAAAAUUACAAAUGGCAACGUAGUAGUGUAUUCAAAGAUCAUACUAGAGAAACAGAGGGUCAUCUAGGUUAUAGCAUAAAUACUAUAUCCUAUAAUAGUUCAGCUGGUACAGCACGCAUAAUUACAGAUAUUGAAUUCAUGAGACCAAUAUGUUUGUCACUUUGGUACCAAUAUCUUUCCACUUGUGUGGAUAUGGAUUGCUUUUUCAAUAUAUAUCACACUUCUGACAGUAAAGAGACACUACUUUUUAGAGAGAACGGAACUUCUAUAGAUCCCGGGAAAUGGUACAAUAUAUCUGUAGAUGUAAAUGGAAUAGGUCCUUACAAGAUAAUGUUAGAAGCAGUCUUUAACAAUAAUAAAAGUAAAGCAACAGAAGCUAUAUCGGUAGAUGAUACAUCGAUAGCGUAUAGGCCUUGCAAAGGAGAGGAAAUACAUACUACCUGCCUGGAUUUAAGCACACCAGUUAUAAUUGAAUGUGAAACACAGUUCCUUGUUGGUGACAUCAAAUUAUCACUAGGACCAAAAUACAAAACCGAUUGUCAAGAAAAAGCUAUUGAAACUGACUUAAACAACGUUUGCAGAAAUAUAUUCAACAAGUCAGAACACUGUUAUUACAGUGUGUUUGAACGUAUGAACAAAUCAGAAGACUGUUACGAUUUUACAAAAAAUGUUUCUUUAAAGUAUUUGUGCAUCGAUAUGGAUUUCCCAGUUCAAAAUGAUAUAAAAGGAAUAGCAGCUGGUGUUAGUGGAGGAGUAGUUCUUACAAUUAUAGUUGUAGUUGUUAUAUGCCUCAUAAAAAGAUCUAAACCUGGUAAACAGGAGGCUAGUUCCACUAACGACAACAAAGCUUUCGGUGAAUUGCAAAAUGACGACCAUAGUAAAACAAAAAUAAACUUGUCUCAAUCUCCCAGUCAGGAUAUAAUUACAUCAACCGAUACAAAUUUACAUAAACCAGUGCAGUUGGCUCAGGAUGGUCAAGAAUCAGCCGAUUUUUAUAAUAUGUCUAACGAAGAUGGGACCUACGAUGCUUCAAGUAACGAUAGACAACGAGGAAAUCCGAAUGAUAACAAUAUUUACAGCCACACAGCAGAUAAUAUUUAUGAUUCCGGAAGUCAUCACAAGCUGACGGACAGAAAUGACGAAACGUAUGAUCAUUUCUUUGGACAGCAAACAGAAGAUGAAUAUGACACCACUGCUCGAACGUGACGUAACAACUGAAUUUUUGCCGGUAAUCAGCUGAUCAAGCAAACAGCUACGUUAUCAUACAUUUGUGUACGUCUAGUUGGACUUAACUAUUCUUGUGCAGAUUGAAGAUGUAUGCUCAUAUAGAAAAUCACCAUAAAUUAAUAAAGUAUACACAGCUUGUAAAUAUUAUGCUGAUUAUUCAAAGACCAAAAUCAAAUGUGAAUAAUUUUAUUCAACCUCUGUUUUAAUUAAUAUGCUUUUAAGCAAGUUUACUAAGCUGAA